AUGGCUAUGGCCUCGUGCUUUCUCGUUCAGCAUCUGUCGCUGCCUUAUCCAAAAUCUGAACCUGCCAAUAUCGAGCCUGUUGCCACUUACAGGCAGGAGAAAGAGCAGCAGGUCGCAGUGUGGCCAAGAUUAGAAAUGGUGGCCUGGGCAGAGGGGGAGCUGCACGGAGCCCAGACAUCAUUCUUUGGAGAUGGCUUCGUGGAGAUGCCCUUGGUGAAAUCUUACACUGCUGUCCAGCUUCACGUGCAGUUCUACACCAGCCAGCGCAGUGGACUCCUCUUCUUAGCCGCAGGGCAGACUGAUUAUCUCCUGCUGGAGCUCCGCGCAGGCGUCCUACAGGCAAGACUGGACCUGGGUUCAGAGGAACUGACCGUCAAGUCCCCGGCAGGGCCACAUCUCAAUAACCUCGUGAUCCAUGAUGCCGAUCUCUUGGUUGCGAACGGGCAGAUGUCCUUGACGGUGGAUGGCCUCUUUAAUGCCUCUGUGGUGCUCCCAGAUCCUCCACAUGAACUGGACAUUGAUUACGGCCUCUAUGUGGGAGGGACAGGGAGCCUGGAGCUGCCGUAUCUCACCGGAGCAAGUUUGCCUUUCAGAGGCUGCCUCCACGCUGUGACAUUCAAUGAUCAUGAUGUUCUUUCUGCCCUGGCGUCCAGCUCUGCCACCAAGAGGAUCCAUGGUGUUCGAGAGGGGUGCAGCGAGGAAUUCUCCGCUGGGCCGGAUGACUCCCUUGGCUUCUUGGGACCAAAUUCUUAUAUUACAUUCCCAGGUUGGAGUGCAAGAGCAGAAGGGACCAUCGAGUUUGUGAUCACCACAAGUAUCAAGCAGGCCCCUCUGAUUUACCAGUCAGGGUUGCAGAAUGACUUCUUCUACCUGGAAAUCUUUGACGGGCGCUUGAGGGGGGUGGUGGAGAAAGGGAACGGACCCGUUGUGCUCCACAACAACAUUUACCUCAGCAAUGAGCAGGAACACUAUGUCAAAGUCCACAUGGAUGUCCGCCGGUUCGAAAUCCUCGUGGACUAUUAUGCCUCAAAGACCUCCAACAAGGGCAUCCACAACUACCUCGAUCUCCAAGGGCCUCUCUUCAUCGGAGGCCUGAACGAGAAGGCAGCCACCCGGUUGAGGGAGCAGAGGCUGGCUUUUAGCUCAGGGAAUGGCUUCUCCAAUAGCUCCUUCAUCGGCUGCAUGGAGGACCUGAGGAUAAACCUGGAGAAAAGAAGCUUGCGUGAUGCUCUCGUCACACGGGACAUUACAGCUGGCUGUGGGCAACUGGAGCAAUUCACAGAGUAUGAUGACGUGUACGAGCAGGAUGAAGCCUCUACAAGCCCUUCUCCAGAUUAUUGGCAGGGACCAGUGAUGGAACCCUGCCGCCCUGACCCCAACCUGCCUCCGGUCUUUGCUAACUUCACCAAACUGUUGCACGUCAGUCCCUUGGUUGUCGCUGAAGGAGGCACCGCAUUUCUGGAGUGGCGGCACACCCAACCCACCAUCGAACUCAGCAGCGCGAAUAUCCGGCAGUCUCAGGUUCUUUUCAAAGUUACCACAGACCCACGACAUGGUCAGCUGGAACUAGACAUCUUCAGCGGCAGGAGUAGAAGGAAGUUUACUCUGUUGGACAUCGUAAAUCGAAAAGUCAAGUAUGUUCAUGAUGGCUCCGAAGGGCCUAUGGACCAGGUGUUACUGGAGGUAACCAUCACUUCCAGGAGAGGCAUUCCAGAAUGCUUAUGGCAAGGACAGACAUAUUUGCUGCCCGUAAAGAUCAACCCUGUCAACGAUGCUCCUGAGGUCGUCUUUCCACACGGAGACCUCAUGGUCAUUUUGGAGCACACACGCAAGCACCUCAACUCCGACAUCAUCCAAGCCCUCGAUGAUGACACCCCUUGUGAUAGUUUGCGGUUCCAGCUUCUCGGUGGAAAGAGAAUGGAAGAAGGCUAUGUGGAGUACGACUUCCAUCCCGGAGUUCCGAUUGAGGAGUUUUCCUGCAGAGAUUUGGAAGCAGGCCACGUGGUGUAUGUCCACCAAAGUGGGCCGACAUCACCGCUCAUCUUCCAAGUUAACGAUGGCAUAGUCAUGAGUCCAGUAGCUACGUUGAGAGUGGUUGCCAUGGAGCCUGACAUUCAAGUACGCAACAAUACAGGCCUCUUUGUCUCACAAGGUGGUGUCGUUCCAAUCAUUACAGCCAACCUCUCCGUAGAAACCAAUGCUGUCCAGCAAAAAGUGCCCAUCCUGUAUCGGUUGACCACUCCCCUCCAGUAUGGUGAGAUCCAAAAACAGGGGGGCUUAGGUGGAGAAUGGAAGAAAGUUGAGUCAUUUCAUCAGCAAGAUGUGGAACAAGGGCACGUCCAGUAUUUCAGCACAGAUGCUGAGCACCUCACAGAAGAUGUGAUCGAGAAGGUGCAAUUUGAGGUCCAAGUAGGGCAGAAGACCCUGAGAAACAACACAUUCCUCAUCAGAAUUAAGAGGGCCACUAUCAGAAUGAAGACAAUGGUCCCGCUCCGGAUGAAGAACGAGAGACAGAGAAACAUCACUGCUGCUGAACUGGAGGCGGCUCUAGAGGAGUCAAGUUCCGGCCCGGCAUUUUUCCACUACCUAAUAAUUCAGCCGCCCAAAAAGGGGAACCUUGAACUCCAUGGCAGUAGGCUGACCAAUGGCUUUGGUUUUACACAAGAAGAUUUGGAAAACAAUCACCUGAGCUACAGCGCAACCAUCAGAGACUCCAAAGAGAGUGAAGACUUCUUCAAGUUCCGUGUCACGGCAGAGGCACACUACUCCCCUGUGUACACUUACACAAUACAUAUUGGGGGAGAUCCAGACGCUCCCACACUGACCAAUGUCCUUUUGUCUGUUUUAGAGGGAGGACAGGCUGUAAUUUCCAAGGACCAUUUGUUUGUCAAGACCGUGAACAGUAUGGACUAUACGUAUGAGGUGAUAGACGGUCCAACACACGGGAAGCUGAUCUGGAGAACUUCUGGGAACUGGCCAUCCGGCGAGGAGGCGAUAACGAAGUUCACCAAUGAAGACAUCCUCCAAGGCCGUCUUGCGUACCAGCAUGAUGAUUCUGAGACCCUGGAAGAUGACAUUCCCUUUGUGGCCCUCAGGCAAGAUGAGGGGAGCUCAGACCUGGAUGCCGAAGAUGUGAGGGGAGUCUUCAGGGUCUCCAUUCAGCCUGUUAAUGACCAUACACCAGUCCAGGUGGUGAACAAGGUCUUUAAUGUGGUGCGUCAUGGACAGCGCUUGUUGACCACCGAUGAUAUUGCCUUUGUAGACGAGGACUCGGGCUUCUCAGAUGCGCACCUAGUGUUGGUGAGGAAAGACAUUCUCUUCGGCAGUAUAAUCGCCGUGGACAACAGAAGCCUCCAGGUAUACCGUUUCACUCAGGAUGACCUGAGGAAGAAGAAGAUUCUCUUUGUCCAUUCAGGAGCUGACCGAGGCUGGAUCCAGUUCCAGGUUUCUGAUGGCCUUCAUCAGGCCACAACACUUCUCGAAGUGCAGGCCUCCGACCCUUACCUCAAAAUCAAGAACCACACGGGCUUAGUCAUCCGCCAAGGUGGCCAAGGGACCAUCGACUCCUCCAUCCUCAGCUUGGAAACCAACAUGGACAUCAGGAAUGACGAGGAGAUCCUUUUCCGCAUUAUAGCCCCACCCCAAGGAGGUGUGGUUCUGCGUGGGGGUCAGGAGGUUUCAUCAUUCACUCAGAGGGACCUGUUGUCAGGAGAAGUGCUUUACCAUCACAACGGGAGUAGGAGCUCCCAGGAUUUAAUAUAUUUCUCUGUGGAAGUGAAUCAGGUGGUUGUGGAAGGGACACUGAAGGUCACGGUGUCUCUAGAUUCCCACUCAAGCCCACUAAACUUCGUUCAUCAUGAGAGGAUCCACAUUCUCCAAGGAGAAGCAGUGGAGAUUAAGAACGACUAUUUGCUGGUUCAACACGAAGAUGUCCCUCCCCAGGAUAUAAUUUACACGGUAACCAUCCCUCCUCUCUCGGGAUUCCUGGUGGCCUUGUCUCAGGGCCCCACCUCAGAAGAACCUCCAGAUCUGGAUCCCAUCCAGGCCUUCACCCAAGAAGAUAUCAACGAAGGCAAAGUCCUGUAUCUGCACUCCAACCCCGAGAUACAGAGCGACCAGUUCACCGUGGACAUCGCGGCCAAUGGGGUGGACACCCUGGAGGGAGUUGUGGUUUCCCUGGAGAUCCUACCCAUUUCAAUCCCGCUGGAGGUUCACAACAUCACCGUCAUCGAAGGGAGCUCCAAGGCGAUCUCCAUGGAUGUCCUCAACAUUCCCAGCACAUACUUCUCCGCUCUCAAUGUAGAAUUCGUGGUGCUUAAAAGUCCAGAGCAUGGAAUUCUCCAGAAUGCAGAGAGACCAGAAGAGGGCAACUUGCGUGUCUUUUCCUGGUUCGAGGUAGAACAGCAACUCAUCAGUUACGUGCACGAUGGCAGCGAAUCCUUUGCUGACGCAUUCACGGUGGUGGCCAACGUCUCCGAGGUCAACCAGCAGAGCCAAGCUCGGACGGUCUCCGUCGAGGUGAUUCCAAGCAACGACGAGGCGCCUGUGGUUCUGGUCAACAGAGAACUCCAGAUGCCCGAAGGUGGCACUGCCGAAAUUUCUCCGGAGCUCCUUCUAAGCGAAGAUGAAGAUACUUCCCCAGACGAAGUGGUUUAUUCCAUCAGAACUCCGGUCAACGGGAAAGUGGUGCUGAAGUCAUCGCCACAGAACUGGGCCCUGCGGUUCACUCAGGCCCAGAUAAACAGCCAGCUGGUUCAAUUCGUCCAUGAAGGAACCCUGGAGGGAGGGUUUUCUUUCGAUGUAUCCGAUGGAGAGAACAUGUCCCCCGGACAUUAUUUUACUGUGCUCGCCCAUAAGAAACCAACCAUCACUCUGGAAAACAAGCAAGAUUUAACCAUUUGUCCAGGUUCUUCUCAGCCAAUCACAAGCCAGAACUUGAAAGCAGUGGCCAAUAAUGAGGCAGAGACUCAGUCCAUCGUCUACAUUGUCGAACAGGCCCCGAAAUUCGGCAAGUUAGUUCACAGCCAGAAGGGCAGUGAUGGAGGGAAUCUAAAGAACUUCACCCAGGCAGAGGUGGAUAAUGGAGAGAUUUUAUAUCAGCAUGAAAUGCCAGACCAGCCUUUCUGGCUUCUCCAAGAUGCUCUUCACUUCCGAAUUUCCUCUCCAUCCAUAAUCACAGACCCCUACAUCCUCGGAUUGUCCGUCUCUUUCGAAGUCAGCUGUCCCCAGCGCACCACUCCGCUGUGGAAAAACAAAGGUCUCACAGUUCCAGAGGCCCAAAGCGCAGUGAUUGACACCUCUGUGUUGGACGCUUCCAACCUCCUCGCCAAAGAACCAGAGUCCAAGAGAGCAGCAUACGAUGUGAUCUUUCUGGUCACAGAACUACCCCAUCACGGGAGCUUAUCUCUCCCCGACGGGCCGGUCAAUCGAAAGCAUCCUUAUUUCUUGCAAUCCGACCUUGUGAAAGGGGGUUUGGAGUACGCACAUCAUGGGUCUGGUACCCUUGACGAUCAUUUCAGAUUUAAUGCCUGGCUGCGGCGCGUUGCUGUGGAAUCACUUCAGCCUCCACAGAAAGGUGAAGAACUUAUCGUUUCUGAAACAUUCAACAUAACAGUGAGCGAUAGCAAUGAGAUGCCACCACGAGUGAUCAGCCAAGGAGCAGUUCUACAGGUCCUCCAUAAUUCUCCUGUGAUGCUGUCUCAAGAACACUUGAACGUCAUUGAUCCUGACAGUUCCCCGGAUGAAAUCAGGUAUGACGUGCUUCCUGGGCCUUCCAGCGGCUACGUGGCGAGCAUCCACAAUCAGCAAGUCCCUGUGACCCAGUUUACCCAAGCAGAUAUCAAUGCUGGGCUGUUAAUGUUCAUUGCCAACGAGACUUCCGCUCCCGGACCCUUAGACCUUUCUAUCUCUGACGGACACAACCCAUCCAUCUUCACUUCUCUGGAAGUCAUGAUUCUUCCGGCGACCACAUGGGCAACAAACCAGACACCUCUGGAAAUUGAUCAGGACGUUAAUAUGGCUUUGUUGUCCGCAGAUCACCUUCUAGGGACUUCAGGCCAAGGCGAGCCAAACACUCAGUAUAGACUCAUCCGGGACCCGCAGUUUGGCCAAGUCAGGGUCGAUCAAAACCCAGCCAGUGUCUUUUCACAGAAGCAGGUGGACAACAGGGAAGUGACAUUCACAUUCACAGACUUCACCUCCCCCAAAGACGAGUUCCAGUUCAUUGCAACAUCAGGAGGGGUCAAUAUAUCAGGCACGGUGAACGUAACGGUCAGGGCCCUGGUCAAAACCCAGGAGGACAUCCUUUGGCCCAGGGGGACCACCGUCCUACUCGACACCAAAAUCCUAGACGCAAGUGAGCUGGCGAACAAGACAACGAGCGUUCCGGUUUUCAAGAUCUUCAGAGCACCCCAAGGGAGCCAUUUUGUGAAAGUCUCCAAUGACAAAGGGGAACAUCCCAUCUCCAUCGAUGCCUUCAACCAGCACGACCUCGAGAGGGGGAUGGUGGCAUUAGAAAUCUGGGAUGCAGAAGACCCGGGACUCGGUCUCCAGCAAGACAGCUUCCAGUUCGAGCUGGUGGCCGAGGGAGUGCCCCCCGCUUUGGAGUCCGUGGCGUACACCACGGAGGCCUUCAACUCCUCCGCAGCAUACGUUGCGACACUGCUCCAUGUGCCGGAUGUCCAAGACAGCAACCGCAGCCCCACAGCCCAAAGCAUCACCCCUUCUUCCCAGAUGCUUACAAGCCAGCCUCAAGGGUCAGAAAAUCCCGGUCAUGGCUCCAGCAAGCAGCCUGUGCUUCCAACCUCAUGGGUGGGCCAAGGUGUGACCACCAGCACUUCUCCGGCAGAAAGAGGCCCGCUCCUCAGCUUCAUCGAAGCCAACAUGUUCAGUAUCAUCUUGCCCGUUUGCCUGAUUCUCUUGCUUCUGGCUCUUAUCCUACCCUUGCUGUUCUACGUCCACAAACGGAACAAGACCGGCAAACACAACGUCCAAGGGACGCCUCCCAAAUACAAGAACGGGACUGUGGUGGACCAGGAAACCUUCAGGAAGACGGACCCUAACCAAACCAUUCCUUUGAUGACCGUCAACACGCUGGAGGCCAAAGGGCCCGUCUCGAAAGGGGCAGGAGGGCAGCAGGACCCAGAACUGCUCCAGUACUGUAGGACAUCCAACCCGGCCUUAAAAAACAGCCAAUAUUGGGUCUGAGCACUGGGCCAGGGACUAACUCAAAAUGACUUUCUCCCAAUGGAAUCAAAGCCUCACUGGUGUUUUAAGGGUCUUCUCGCCUUCUCCUUCCUUCUCCUCACCUUCCUCUUUGUUGAAAGAUAUGAGACAGUCCCUUGGAUAUAAGCAGGUCCCUUUAUUCUUUGGGGCCUUUAUUCUUUGUGGAUUAUCUAAUCGUGGUUUCCUCAAAGACUCUGGCUUAUCAGCAGGGAAACCUGUACCAAAGCAAACAUGAUUCAAACAGGAUUGUGCGUGUGAUUCCAAGGGAGGGCAGGAAAGUUGCAGGAAACUUUUUUCCUGGAAUCUCAGCUUUCCCUUCUUUAAAAAGAAAAAAGACAGCAAGUUUCUAGCCUUUUUGAUGGCAAAGAAAUGCCAGAAAGUAUUUGAGCGAUCCCAAAACUUGGACUCUGGAGAGGAACUGAAUAAGAUUUCCAGUGGUCCAGGUUGGGGGAUUUUGGUGUCUUGGAAAGCUCCUCCCAUAACAUGAAAUGUUGCAAGACAUCAAACGUUGCCAAAUAAAAUAGAUGACCUAGGAGAAAGCAGACACAUUUGCAUAAUAUAUGCAGGUCACUGAAUUUUGCUUUUCUGAGAGUAGGAUUUUAAACAGAGCAAAACAUACACCGCCCUUGGUCUUAAGCCAUUGCAAAUGUGUCUGUCUCCUGAAGAUGAGUAAAACAUGCAGUUUAUGGGGCAAACACAAGAGGCCUGGAGGGAUUUUUUUUUUCCCAAGCAAAUAUUUGGAUAUCUAAGCAAUUAAAUAUCAGGUGAUUUGCGGGUGGGGCACAGUUGUUGCAACAAGCAAAGCCUUAAUAGAAGAUGCCAGUUUGCUCUGAAUCAUUGGUUCCAAUCCACAGCAGGAGUUCCCCACAUGUCAAGAUUUCCACGGAUCUUUCCCAAAAUCUGGAGGAUUAAGAGUCAGUUGCACUCAUUUUCAAAGGGAGAUGAAAUUAGUUUUGCUAAAGCUGGUCAGAGCUGACUGGUCUAUUAGAUUGGAAAACCUCCCUGCCUGGGAAAAUGAAGCAAUCGACACUUUUUUUGCAGGGAAAAUUAUGCCUCAUGUAUCAUUCCUCCCUCCAGAUAUCUUUGGUCUGGCUUACCCAUACAGUGAAAAGAAAUGGUAGAGUUCUACAGUGGUAGAAUGGACAGUGCAGCUUUAGCUUGCUUCCCUAUGUUAAGUACUGCUUCCAAAAGAAAAUUAGCUCCUCAGGCAAAGAGCCUUUCCCCCUGAAGUGCUAAUUUUCUGCUUGCCAGGAGUUGUCUGCCACAGAGCAGCCUUUAAAAAUGAAAUCUGGCACCUGAAAUCUGAAAUGGGGCUGUCUAUUCUAGCACACUUUAGGGUCAUCACCACCACCAUUCUCUGGGCUACAGAAAUCAGAUCCCCCGGAGGAAAUGGCUGCUUUGAAGGGUGACUCUGUAGUAUCGUGUCACCUCUGAGCUCAUUCUCCUCCCCAAAUUCCACCCACCCAAGCACUGCCUCCAGACCCCCAGGGAUUCCUCAAGCCAGGGUUGGCAACCUAGAACUCUCCCCACACCCCAGAAGAAAGCAGAAAGAGGGGUAAGUGGAGAGCUGUGCUAAUAAGAGAGGCCUCCUUGAGGGUAACACCCUGUUUCUGAGGAAAGGCCUGUUCAGGAGUAAAGGUCUACUUGAGAGCAAGGUAAGGGAGCCAUGAAAUGGGUGUGGCUGACAAGAUGCUUAUAAAAGGCAGAGUAAGAGCCCUGGUAGCUUUUUGUGGGAGGGAUUAAUUUUUUUUCUGGCUGCAUAGUUUGCCCUUUUCCCCAUCUUCGUAGCAGCUCUUGGAGCUUUCCUUUCCAAUCUUGUCCUUGAUGUAGGCCUUUUAAGACUUCCGUAUGCAAAGGAUAAUGCAAUUAGAUCUCGAUUCAUGCAAUCAAUCCAUGUUCCUUUUUGCUCUCAGGCAGUCCUCCAGGUCGAGAUAUUUCAUGUUUCUACCUUCAAACUAAAUGCACAAAAGGGGUGGCACUGAACUAGUCUAGCCUCGACACUGGGUAGGCCAUAGGUCUUUGGAGAAAGCAAGAAAGGCUGUAAGCCAAGAACGAGAGGGAAGGGCUCGUCCAAAUAACCAUAACAAUGUUUAAAGUUAUAAUUCGGGUUAUUAUUUUUUUUAUAAAUGUCUAUCCAACGCUGCUUCACACCGCUUGGGUAAUUUAUAACAAGGUGACCAAGAUUGUCAGAGUUGAAAUAAAACAGGCUAUUUUUAAAGUGUUGUGUGGAGAUUUUCUGCCCCUGGUAGGCCAGCCUGUGGGUUUAAGAUAAUGGUGUAAAAUGGGUCAGGUCAAGGUAUUAACUGUGCUGUCGUUCU